AUGUCUGCAACCACCACCUCAGAGCAGGGAAAGCCUGCCACCCAAAAAUCCACCAAAAAGGCCAUGCCACAACGCCUUGACGCCGUCAUAUGCACGUCUGGUUUGAGUGGCCCCUUCAUCGGCGGUUGCAGGAAAGCCCAGCCAGGCAACAAGAAAUCCCAACUGGGUGACAAGGAGGGAAAGUUCGUUCUCGACGAUAGGUUGGGCAGCGACGUCGACGUAACCGUUGUGUCCCACUGGCACAACGGAAAAAGUCACUGGUAUGGUUUGACCAUGAGCUUUGACCACAGCGUCAACAACAAGGUCAACGAAGAUGCAGGGUUUGGGGCCCGUUAUCAACCAACGACCAGCAACCCUGACAUGGCUAAGCUCGAGCUUAGUAACCAGUACACCAUUGUAGUCAAGCUCCCUUACAACAUGGACGAAUAUACAAUCUCCAUGCGGGACAUCUCAAACAGCGUCGAACUUCCUCAGCAAAUCCAAGAACUCUCUCCGGUUACCCAGAUCGAUAUUCAGCUUCACAAUGGUAGUAGGUUCUUGGUCGAGGGUUUCGGUCUACCGUUCGCCAAUCCUAGUCAUGCGAGCGACGGAUGGAUCAACGAAAAUACACCAAUCAUUAGCAAAACAGAUCUCCUCGGUCUCCUCUCUAGUUCCAGACUUACUUUACUCAUUACUAAACUCGAAUCGCGUAUCGAGUUUGGAAGGCAUCAGCCAGAGUUGUUCCGCUACCCGUUCGACUACCCCUUCCCCAAAGCCCAAAAGUUCAAUAUUGAUUUGUUUGAAAAAAUAAUCAAGGAGAACAUGGGUGAACGCUUCAGGCCUACCUUCAAGUUCGAUAACAACGCACAGAGUGUCAUUCGCAACACCAAAGUUUCCGCUUAUUUCAUUCUUAAGAAGGAGGAACCAGCCAACCCAGACGAACCCAUAUACUUUACAGUAAUUCGUCUCGAUCAAACGUUUCGGGACCAAUACAAAGCGCAUUGGGAACACUUGGUUAAGGAUGGAACAAUCUCCCUCCAUCUUAGAGAUAUUAACGGCCCUCUUCUCAAUAGCCAAAUCAUAGAGCGCCCGGAGACCCUACCGGCCCUCUUAGACAAGCAUACCUUUGCAAAACAGGUUUCCACAGCCAAGAAUGCCGUUACAAAGCAAUUUUCGCUUGACCUUAUCAUCAAGUCGGGUCUCCUUAUUAUUAGAGACAAAAAUGUUACUGGGGUCAUCGAGGGUAAGGCAAAGGAAGUGCAGAAGGCAGAGAAGGACUCAAAGAUGGGCAAGGUCUUCUACGAUACGAACGGGGAGAAGAAUUACAGCAAGUUAAAGCCUUUGCGGGAUGUGAUUGUUUGGAUCCACAAGAAGGGACAGAUCUUGGAAAUCAAGGGAGAGGAGGGGAAGAAUACCUCUAAGGAGGAUGAUAAGAAGCUUGCUGAUGAAGAGAAGAAGCUUGCUGAUGAGGAGAAGAAGCUUAUAGAGGAGCAAACGGCGAAUGAGAUGCAAUCACGGGUUGCUGACUCGAUCACGGAGUAUGACGAGUUGGAUUGGGGGAAUUUGUAUGAUCUUGACUAUUAUGUCGAUUAA